AUGAGUUCACUGGUGGUGUUUCAGAAACUUAGAAGUGACCUGUUCAAAUCCAAAAAAUCAGUCGCCAUGGCCAGAACCAAGCAGACCGCUCGUAAGUCCACCGGAGGCAAAGCCCCCAGGAAGCAGCUGGCGACCAAGGCCGCCCGGAAGAGCGCCCCGGCCACCGGCGGAGUGAAGAAGCCUCACCGCUACAGGCCCGGUACCGUGGCUCUGAGGGAGAUCCGCCGCUACCAGAAGUCCACGGAGCUGCUGAUCCGCAAGCUGCCCUUCCAGCGGCUGGUGAGAGAAAUCGCUCAGGACUUCAAGACCGACCUGCGCUUCCAGAGCUCUGCCGUCAUGGCCCUGCAGGAGGCCAGCGAGGCUUACCUGGUGGGGCUGUUCGAGGACACCAACCUGUGCGCCAUCCACGCCAAGAGGGUCACCAUCAUGCCCAAAGACAUCCAGCUGGCCCGCCGCAUCCGCGGGGAGAGAGCUUAG